AAUCCUUGUUAGCAAUCCUUGUUGAUUUCACAAGUUCUUGGAGCUUCCUGUAUGAAGGUGUGUGGUAGAAUUCCCGAGCUUCAGCAACGACGCUGUGAAUUAGUCACCACCGUCUUCCUUCCCCAUGGUUUGCUUCACCGAAACGGUGUAAGGUCGCCACCACCUUGUGGAACUUCAUUCAGGAUCGCAGAACCAAGAACGUACCAACCUCUCCUCCAGCUGGUGGUAGGUAGGUAGAAAGAGAGGGCACUAGUCGGCCUCAUCCACCCCAUCAGGGAAUGUGGUGCAGCUAGGGGCAGAACAAAUCACUGGUUCAACCAACGAGACCAUCACCACUGCUCCGUACUGGAUCGUCCGGUGUUCCGUGUUGCGUGUGACCAGCGGCUGUGGGAACUCAGCGAGGAAAGGACAAGGCGGCCAUGGCGUGCUCCAACUUGAGAAGGCGGAGCGCGCUAAGCGCAGCUUCUGUACUGGGUGUAUCGCUGGUGGUGUUGCUGGUGGGCACGGUGAAUAGAGUGAGCUGUGCAGCGCCAGUUUUCAGCGAGGACACGUACUAUCGUGCAAGAGACGAGAACAUCACAAUCAAUACGCUGAUAGUAAGGGUGUUCGCCGAGGAUGCGGAUGGCGAUGCAAUCACGUACAGCAUAGUGAACACCACCUCAAACAACUUCAUUCCAGGCUCAAGAGUUUUCAGUAUGAACCCAACCACUGGCGAGCUAAGAUUACAGGCCCACAUGGACCGUGAGACGAGCGACUGGUAUCAGAUGUUCGUGUCUGCAUCUGACGGUACGAACACGGCUUACGCCAGUGUGUAUGUGCUGGUUGGCGAUAUUGACGACAAUAAGCCUCGAUUGGUCGCUCUCGAACCAUCGCUGACCUUUCACGAGGAUGAGCUACCCGUGGACGUAUCUCGGAACAUGCGUUUGAAGGAUGCUGAUACAAUCCUCUACCAGAUCCACGGCCUUCGAGUCACCACCCGAACCUAUGAUCUGUUCCACUACCCCCUGGCCUACGGUUUCUGCAGCGACAAUGCAACACAGGACGCGUUUGAAGUGUGCGCAGUCUCCCCGGCAACAGCAAUCACCGUCUUCACUGACUGGACCACUGGGAGUGGUACACCAGUCGUAGCCGCCACUGACAACAAGGUUGUAUCGCUGACCGACCAGCAGUAUGCAUUUGUCAACGUUAGCGCUCUGCUGCCGCUGGGACACAGCUUCACAAUCUCCGCCUGGAUACUACAGAGAGACAGUGGUGGUGGCGGCUUCCAGUAUUUCUUUGUGCACGCGAAUGCUGCGGACAGUGGAAUACGCUACCAGGCACUGGCUGCGCUGAGAGGCUCAAAUCAGAUUCUGUUCACGUACCACAGUGCGGAGUCUGGUGAAGGGCGUCCGGUCUAUGUGUACUUCGACCUGGGAGCCAAUGACCUAUUGGCUGCCGACAAUGAGUGGCAUUUCAUUGUGUUGACGGUGUCAUUGGAUGGCAGUGCGCCUGUGAGCCCGACAUCCAUACAACUCAAGUUUGAUGACUUCUUCUUCAGCCAACCAACGCGAAUCCGCUACAGCAGCACCACGCCGUCAACGUUGCCACCACCAGUUGCGGAUCCAAGCUCUGGAACCAUCGCUCAGGUUGGAGGCCGUCCUGGCAGCACUGCACAUCACUUUGUUGGUAUGGUCUCACAGCUAGCAUUCUGGAAAAGCAAGCUGGCUACGGCUGCGGAGAGAGAUUGCCUGCUCAGCUGUGGUGACGUGCUGUCAUUCUCGCUGGGAGUUCUGCCGUUUGGCAUUACGUCAGUUGUGUUCACACGUCGCACACGAGAGCUCAACAUUGUUGGCAGUGCACCGGCUGGACAAAUGGAAGAGUUUCUCAACUCGGUACAGUUCUCCACAAGUGAGAGACCACCCACCUCCCGGGUUCUCGACAUCGCCGUAACGGACACUCAGCAGACGAGCGACAAUGCCACUAUAGAACUGCUGUAUGACAAUGUACCUCGUAGCUACCGACCAUCUAUUGAUCUCAACGGACAGAACCGACCAGGUAUAUAUUACGAGACAGAGUGGAUCGAGGGUGAAAGCGGCUCCAUUCCGGUGGCCAGCGAUGUUGCAACUAGCCUGCCGGUGGUCAAAGCCGGGGAAAUCCCCAACCUGGUGAUCUACAUCACCGAAUUCAACGUAACCAUAGUGACAGUGACCAAUGACAACGAGGGUCUGGUGGUGGCCAUGCAGCUACCUGCUGGAAUCACAAUGGCUGGAGCAUCCACACGGUCACUGCGGAUGACCGGUACUGCUAGCAACACCAUUGAACAGUGGACUAGCAUUGCUCAAGCUAUUCGCUAUCAAAACCUGGAGGAAGAACCGACUGCCGGCGUUCGAAAGAUCCAGUUUAGCUUGUCUAACAACAAUCCUUAUACAAACAGACCAGUAUCGAUUUCAUCCGUGACAGUGACGAAGACGAACGAUGCGCCUUUUGUUGAUCUCAAUUCGACAGCAGCGGGCAAUGACAUAAUGUUGCGUGCGGUGGAUCUUGGCGGUCCCAUCAAUGUAUUGACGGAACUGCUAGUCACGGACAGUGAUAGUAUGACUUUGGAGCAGGCGGAGAUCAACUUUACACCGCUGGAUGGCAAGUUCGAGCGGCUUCUCUUGGAUGAUGCCGCGGUUUCUAGUUCCAAAAUUGAGCGCGUGGACAGAGCCGAUGGAUCUGGCCGCCUGUAUUUAGUUGGCGAGGAUAGCAUUGCGGAAUACGUAAGGGUGCUGAGCACGCUAAGAUGGCAGCACACAGAAACGGACAGAAACACGACGACUGGCUUCCGCAAUCUUACGCUGAAUGUCUAUGACAACUUUGGCAGAGCUUCCGUCACACGAACGGCCGCAAUAUUUUUCCUGGGUUUUGACGACCCACCAGUGAUUGAACUGAAUGACCCACACGCUAACUAUUCCACAUCGUACACAGAAGAAACUGCUGCAGUUCAGCUCAUUCCUGACACCGUGAACAUCACGGAUCCAGACUCAUACAUCCAAUAUGCUGUUGUACAGCUGACCAAUCCAGGCACUGUCGACCCUUCCACAGAAGUGCUUGAUUUGAUGCAGAAUUUGCCCGUCGGGCUGCUGUUUGACAUUGAUACUGGCUUGGCCAGAGUCACAAUCAGUGGCAAGGAUUCAACCGACGCCUAUCAGCGCGCCCUGCGACAAAUCACCUACCGCAGCAACCUCUCCGAACCCGACAGCAGCUUUGUGAGGAACUUUGACGUGUGGGUUGUGGACACGACCAACGUCAGCAGCAAGAUGAGCAGCAGUGUGUCUGUAUCGGUGACCGUUAUAUCGUUAAACGACAACGGGCCGAUUUUCAACAGUGCAUGCAACGUCAGCGUGGUGGAGAACUUUCCUUUGGGCAAUCAAGUUCUACAGGUGGAUGCAAGCGAUGCCGACUUUGGCAGCGAUGGCAUUCUGCUCUUCACGGCCACAGACGUGCGUCCACAGAAUGAGUUCUCACUCAACUCGUCCAACGGCUGGGUGCUGCUGGAUGGAACCCUGGACUAUGAGGGGAUAGAGCAGUACUGGAUUGACGUCAACGUGUCCGACGGCGGAACUGUAUCGCGCUCCAAUGCUAUAACAUGCCGCAUCAACGUCUUGGAUGUGAAUGACAACCGGCCCGUCGUCGACCUGGACGCGUUGGAACUGACAACCAAUAACUACAUGACCACGUUCGUAGAGAGGAAUGAAAGCAUUGCGCUGGUGUCCAACAAUGUUGUACUGUACGAUGUCGACUCCGUAACUCCACUCAUUCACUGGGUAGUGGUCAACUUGACCAACGGAGGUGACUGGCCCAAUGAAUAUCUCAGGGCGGGCGAUAUCUCCGGUCUGGGCUUGCAGCUAACCGGAAAUGGUACCCUGCUGUUGAACUUCUCUGGCCCAGCUUCAAACGCUAGCUUUUCCACUGCCUUGGAAACACUAAUGUACGUGCAUAACCUGUCCAAUCCAGGUAACCCAAGUGAACAUGUGCGUCUUGUCGAGUUCACAGCCAGUGACGGUGAACUCAGCAGCAUUGCAAGUACAUCCUACAUCACCUUCAUCCCGGUGAAUGAUGUUCCCGUUCUUGACAUGAACGGUGAUGGACCUGGCCGGGACUAUCAGACCAGAUAUAUAGAUAACGAUGGCAGCUACCAGCUGAGAAUCACAAGUGGACUGGGUAUCCUGGACGUUGAUAACUUCUACAUGAAAUCUGCUUCUCUGUGGCUGUCUGGUUUCGACAAUAGCUUAGUGGAGGUGCUCAUUGUGACAGAGACCGACGCGGACAUCACGGUUUCUGGUAACUACACGCAGAACCUCACACUUAGCGGCCGAGCUACGGAGAUCCAGUACAAGACGGUGAUCAACUCCAUCCGCUACCUGUACACUCAGGACGAGCCUGAGCAAGGCUCUCGCCUGGUUACGCUGACCAUCACAGACAGCGGUCACCGCGACAACGAGAGCCUGCCGAGCCUGACCAGCUUGCCGGUAACCACGACGAUUGACGUAGUCCUGGACAACGAUCACCGGCCCGUCUUCCAGAACACGCCGUACACGGUGACGGUACGUGAGGACGCCGACACUGGACUUAUUCCGCUUGUCAUCACCGCUACCGAUCUUGACGAGGGCAUUAUGGAGUACAUCACGUACACCAUCAUUGAUAGCGGUACCGACCCAACUGGUGUUUGGUCCCUGGAUGCGGACACUGGCAACAUCACGCUAGUUGCUAAUCGUACCGCUGGCUCGAUCCCUGAACAGGACCCUGGACCACUGGAUUAUGAGCUUCAACGUGUGUAUGAAUUUGUAGUUGAGGCCAGCGACAAUUCAAACGCUACCAUGCCCGGAACUCGCCUAACGCCCCACACCACUAACAUCACGGUGCAGAUAUGGAUUGAGGACUUGAACGACAACACGCCCGUCUUUGUGCCAAAUCUGAACGAUGUGAGUCGGGCAGUCGAUGAAGACGUUCCACUGUCGUUCAUUGUGUACGACUUUAAUGCUACCGACAAGGAUGACACCAGUAAUGGCAACUUAUCCUAUUGGAUAGUGCCCGGACAAAGCUGGUCGUCGGACAGACGUUUGUACUUGAACCCCAUCACGGGUCAGCUCUCCGUGGGGCAGGCCCUAGACCGUGAAGACGUGGCGUCCUACUGGUUCCAGGUAGUUGUACGCGAUGCCGGUGUGCCAUCACGAACGGAUCUAGUCAACGUCAGCGUCACACUGAAUGAUGUCAAUGAUGUACCACCGGUAUUCGACCCAGACACGUACAAUGUCCUACUGGCUGAAGAUACAGUGGCCUCCACCUUGCAGCUACCGAGUUUCUUGUCAACCGAGGCAAGCGCACGCUGGAGACCACACUUGGCCAGUGGCACAUAUUCCCGGCAGCUGGUCAUUGAGAGCGAGAUAAAUUCCGGCAACAGCAUUCUUCUGUGCGACAUGCUGACCGUCACCAACACCAGUGUGAUGCUUAAGGAAGAAGUUGUCAUGCCCAGAACUACCGAGGAGAAGUGCUUCUCAGCCGGACGCAAGAUUAUCUUUGAGCAAAUGACUGAGUUGGUACCGCUGAACAAUCCCUGGCUUCCUAAUCCCUUGUUGGCUAGAUUGACUGUGAGCGAUUCCACUAAAGCGGUGGAUUGGCUGGGCAUCUAUGACGUCACAAUUACAGCACAGCACAAGCCAUACUCGGAGCUCUACACAUACUUCCGCAAUGAGACACUGAUGGUGCAGCAACGCAUUGCAAAAGCCUCUGGUACAUACGCUGCCGCUCUGGACGGUACAGCCAUGGGCGGUGCAUUCAGCUGUCCGCUCAGAACGGGCAAUUGGAGUUCGGGACAAAUGGUUGCAGUUCGUAACGACAUCACCAAGUGCAGCUCGAACUUCACGACCGGCAAUUUGGGUGCAACAUGGGACAGUGCGAUGCUGGCAGCCUAUGUUGGUUCAAACGAGGCUUGCCUGUACCUGCACGGCUUGCAUGAUCAGCUUGAUCCACCGCUCAAUGCACGCGUGGAUGCUAACACCGUUGGCUUGAAGGUCUUUGUCAGCCAUACCUGUGGUGACAAUAACACGUGCCUUCAGAACAGCUAUGACGUCAGCAGAUGCGGCGCCUCAUCUCUACCGCGUGGCAUGGCAUUCUCUCAGGCUAGAGCCCCGCUCGAGGCAUACGAUCGUGACAUUGGGCUGAACGGCGAGCUUAUUUACAGCAUCCAGUCGGGUGACGACUAUGGCUUGUUCACCAUCAACUCGUCCUCUGGCGUCCUGGAGCUGGUCAAGGAAGCGGAUUACGAGAACACCACGCUGCACACUUUGGUCAUUGAGGCGAGAGACAGUAGCCCGUACUUCCCAGAAGGCCUGUCAUACCGCUCUGACACCGCCACCGUGUCUAUAUCAGUCCUGGAUGUGAAUGACAAUCGGCCCGAGUUCAGCGCUACACCGUACAGUGUUGAUAUUGAUGAGAACACUCUGGUCGGUACCACGGUCCUGAGCAUCACUGCCACAGACUCCGACGCUACAACCAACGGCUUCCUCACCUACAGCAUCACGGCCGCAUCUCACCAGUGGCCCAGCGGCGCUUCCUCCAUGGAGCCGCUCGACAAUACGACGUUCCGCUUGGUGAUUGUGAACGCAUCCACAACACAAGUUGCUCACGUGGUUGUAUGGCAUCAGGCGAAUCUGGACUACGAACAGUAUCGCCAGUUCGAGUAUACAAUCACAGUCAGUGAUCAUGGCUGGCCCACUCUCUCUGCGACCGCGUCACUUGUAAUCCAAUUAAGGGAUUUGAACGACAACUUGCCGUUGUUCCGAGCUGAGAAUGAAGCUCCUUUCCACCUGGAGGAUGAAGCGGGACAGAUUGCCACACGUGUGUUCCAGAGUGUGAACAUCAGCGACGCAGAUACCGUGCCCAAUGCUAUCCCUAUGAUCCAUGGCGUGCGUAUCACAUCCGUAACCAGAGGCAACUACACCGCCUCUGAGGAGUUCAUCGGCAUCACCUUCGACCCAGUCAUGUACCCAGCACUAUGCGUGGACAACCGGGGCAGGGAGAUCCUGAUUGAAGGAGGUAUGCCGCAUCCGCAGUACGAAAAUCUCCUCAAGUCCUUGCUCUACGAGAACACAGCAGAGGAGUUUCUCUACAACGACACGGCCGUAAUCACGGUAUGGAUCACGGAUGAACCCAGUACAACGGCGGCCGGCAUGAACAGCUGCAGCUUCCAGUUUGACAGAAACUUUACGUCACUUGUGCACGAGCUGCCACUGCAGGAGCGCAAUGAUCGUCCGGAGUACACCGGACCAAGUUCUUUACCGGAUCUUCCUACUGUUGAUGAGGACCCACUGCAUCAUCUUCAUCUUGGCCGGCCAGCUUGGCAGUUGUUUGACAGCCUGGUGCAGGACAACGAUGACAUAGACAACAAUGCAGUGUUUGGCCUGGCAGUGACGGACGUCACAGGAAACAUGAGCGGCUACUUUGAGUACUCAAUGUCGCAGGUCUACACUGGCGAGCUGUGGCAUGCAGGCGUGUCGUGGGGAUGGGCCGUCGCCACAAUACAUUGGGACUCAUCUGUAGAGCUGACGUUGCAGAUAACACAGACAAGCCCCAUGCUGAUCGACCGAGUUGAUUUCGGCCUGGGAGCAAGCUACAUUGGCCGAGUUCGGUGGACCGGGGGUGACGGGAACACCACCUUCAGUGGCUGGUUUGACCCGUUCCCCGGUGAUCGCAUUCAACUACUCAGAGGCCUUGAAGGUGGCCGUGUGGCUGUCCACGUGUGGAGCCAAGGCAGCGUCUUCUCUAACACUACUCUGUCCCUGCAGUUGCCGCUGACCUGGAAGCAGAUCAGUCCAAACAGUUCCUUCAUCAUGGCAGGGCUGGUGGGCUCAGGAAGUCGAUUCCGCUUCCAGCCGGCUAUGCACGCCAACGGAGAGAAGACGGCCAGCCUUCUGGCCUGGGAUCAACGCGAUGGCGGUGUCUAUGUUGGCACGAAUGCCUACGAUACCACUGCGUCCACAUCGGUAACGCUCAACGGCACAACCAUAUCCUCCACAGUGAAUGCUGUCAAUGACCCGCCGUAUAUCCGACUGGAUGGGCUGGACAGUAUCAACUUCACCACGACCUUUGUGGAAAACAUUGUACCCGUACCUAUAGUGGAUCAGUUCAGACUGACAAUCGACGAUGUUGAAGAUGACAGCAUUGUCAGUGUCCUGAUGAACAUCUAUGGUGAGAACUCCACUGUCUGCAACAGCACACAAGAAUGUCCAGGAUUCGAGAGAACCACGCCAAAUCUUGAUCGCAUCCUAUUCUCGCCGAACGACCUCUUCGAUCUCGGCGUGUUCAACGUGACAGGAACCAUCUGCAAAACCUGGAACAUCACCACCUUCCACACUGAUCCCAAUGAGCGCGGCACAACCGAGUCAAACUGGCAGCAAUACUUGCGCUCUGCUCAGUUCUUCAACCAGCAUCCCGAGCCGUAUGACCAUGUUCGCACCAUUGAGUUCCGUGGCUUUGAUGGCAUGGAGUACGGUCCGCCGGCGUACGCCUUUGUCAACAUCUUCACGUUCAACGACAAUGAGCCGCGCGUGACCAGUUCAGCGGCAUUGCAGUUUGUAGAGGCAGCCCCGUGCAACGCCAUAGGACUUGGGCUGUCGGUGGUCGAUCCGGAUUGUGCUGCACGGAUUCAGUGGGCCAGGAUCACGCUGGAAAGUGAAGCGGAUGGCGGUUACCUUCGACUGAACGCCACCGCCAACACAACACACGGUCUGGAGGUCAUCUAUGGAAAUAACUCAAUCUAUGUCAACGGAUCGUCGACCGUGACGCAAUAUCAAGAAGUCCUCCGCUCGCUCAGCUACUUUAAUAAUGCCGAUGAGCCUUCCGCUGCAAGUCGUACAUUGACAUUCCAGGUGAGAGGUCGCGUUGCCGAGAGUGAAACGUAUCGCUUCGCCAUGGAGCCAAGACUCAUCAGUGACAAUGCACCUGAACUGUACCUGGCCGGAGCCAUAACAAACGCAACCAGUGCACAGUUCGUAGAAGACUCUCCCCUGCCAGUGGCACUGGUGUUGCCCAGCGGCAUUAGAAUCGUGGACAAUGACACUGUGUCACACGUCAUCUACUCCGUGACGCUCUCCGUGAGCGACUUGCAAGACGGAGCGCACGAGAUCAUCAGUCUGCCAUCACCGACCACUCUGGGUGUGCAGGAGGACAGCGUUCGCAUUCUCAACAACAACAGCUCAUCGGUCACGUUGACCAGCCUUUCGGCCAGUCUGCAAGAAUUCAUCACGUUGCUAGAGGCUGCCACUUACCUCAAUACAGCGGCUCAACCGCAGGGUGGGAGCAGCAUAACAACCAGGACAAUACUCUAUGCCAUGGAGGACAAGGAAAACUUAACAGGUCUGCCUGCUGACACGCCGUGUGGCGUGAAUCCUCUUGUUGCAUCGCCACCCUCGUUCACCACCUCGGCUGUCAGCGUUGUGACAAUUCUACCAACCAAUGAUCUUCCUGAAGUACGUCUGGAUGCCUCCAUCAACAGAACCACGGACCAGCUACAGAUCAACUUUGACGAAGGUGGACCGCCGGUGGCACUGACAGCUGUGGCCGGUGGAACCAUUAUCGACAUUGACAACGACACGCUGGAUUAUCUGGAGGUGCGUCUGACGGGUGUGCGCGACGGUGUGGAUGAAGCCAUCCUUGCAGACCUCACCGGCACAACGUUCAAUGUCACUGUCAACGAUACAAACGUGGUACGCUUCACCGGCCCGGAGUCGCGUGCCAACUUCAUCCUCUUGCUCAACUCACUGCGCUACAACAACAAGAGAACUCCGCAGCCGACCAACGGCACGCGUGACUUGACCAUCGUAGUGAGUGACGGGUUUGGUGAGAGCGGCCCGGCCAAUCUAACCAUAGCCGUGGACAUCUUCAAUAAUGCACCCCUCAUCGACUUGAAUGGCGCUGAUCUGGGCCGUAGUCACUCGGUGAAUUUCACCGAAGGUGGUAGCAAUGUGUACCUGGCACCGGCUGGCUCUAUCAUUGACUCCGACUCUGAGAACCUAAAGAGGAUGGAGGUACUGCUGACUGGCAUUGAGGUAGUCCGUCAGGAAACACUCAUCUACGACAUGAGUGCAGUGCGCGGCGGCAUAAACUGCGACGCGGGCUGCAGUCCCGAGUCGCCGAAUGUCAUUACUCUCAGGGCGGUUUUCAUGCACAGCACCGGUGCCAACAUCUCCAUCUGGCAAGCUCUGAUGAGAACAUUCCGAUACCAAAACCGAGACGAUGAGCUGAACGGAACCAGGCGUAUCGUGAUCUUCAAUGUCACGGAUGAUAAGGAGAAGAGUGCACAAGAAGCAACAACAGUCAACUUCAUCGCUGUACCAGAUACGCCCCGGUUGGAUUUGGACAUUGAGACGCCUGGUACAGACUUUGUAGUGCCCAAUGUUGACGGGUCACGUCUUCUCGAAAAUGCUCCUGAGGGAUCGGGUAUAAGCAUAGUGAAUCUGCUGACGGCUGCACAGAUCAUCACGGCUAUAGGCGAGGCAGCCACGGUUGCUACGACAACCAUGCCUACAGCAGCGCCUGGUAACGUCACCUUCCCACCUCCUUUGCCACCUCCCUCCCCUCCGGCAAACCUGAUCAAUGUCACUACCGUGGCACCAACAACACCAGCACAGACCACCAUGGCAACAACACCAGCACAGACCACCAUGGCAACAACACCAGCACCGACAACCAUGGCAACAACACAAGGACAGACAACCAUGGCAACAACACCAGCACCGACAACCAUGGCAACAACACAAGCACAGACCACCAUGGCGACAACACAAGCACCGACAACCAUGGGAACAACACAAGCACCGACAACCAUGGCAACAACACAAGCACAGACAACCAUGGCAACAACACAAGCACCGACAACCAUGGCAACAACACCAGCACCGACAACCAUGGCAACAACACAAGCACAGACCACCAUGGCGACAACACCAGCACAGACAACCAUGGCAACAACACCGACAAUGCCAGCUUCAAUAGCAACAACUAUCUUUGUGCCCCCGAGCCCACCAGAUCAAGGGGGGCGUAGAAAACGACAGGCUCCUCAGGCUCCCCUGGGCGAAGCCGGACUGGAUGUGACGACGGCGAAUCUGGCAACAACUCUUGCUCCCAGCACAGCUGCUGCAGUCACCACUAGCCCAGUAACACAGGAAGAUCCUGCUACGCCCGCUACUGGGCCAGUAGAUCCGGUCACAACUAUUGCAGCCCGCGUGCCCGUAACUUUCCAGCAAACGACCACCGCACUGGGGUUCGGUGUGAGAGGUUUUUCGCUGACAGAUAGUGACUCACUGAGCCUGGAUGAACUUCUUGUUGCUGUGGAAGGAGAUGCUAUGGAAGACUUUGAUAUUGAUGGCGCAACUAGAACAGAUACAAACACUGUUUCUGUACCUUCACCACCGAGCCUAUUUGGUGAUGCUCUCAACCAAACAUUCAGUGGAUCGGUAUCGGUACGCUCAGUCUCCCAUCUCGACACAUCAUUGGGUCUAAUUAUCUCACGAAGGUACUCUCUUGGGCGCAGAACCGACGGCGGUGCCUAUGACACAGUGUUCUCAUUUGUGAUUUCAGGCAACGCGACAGUGCGAGAGUACGAGGAUCUGCUUGGAAAACUUCGCUACCGAAACACAGCAGAUGAGCCAUGCUGUUCCGUCUCAGCGACGGAUCCUACAGUCAUCCGCACUAUCCGUGUGUUCGCGACCGACGAUGGUACGCGAUCCAGCAACGUAGCAACGUCCACGGUGUCACUGAAUCUGCAGAACGACAACGCGCCGGUAUUCCCGGUUCGCCAGGUCGACAUUGAGAUUCCAGAGAACGCCACAGCCGGCAGCCCUCUGCAUCGUGUGAUUGCCAGCGAUGCCGAUGUGUUCCCUGGUCACAGUACUAUCACUUACGCUAUCAUCAACAGCCAGCUCUUCAACGUCACCAAGACGAGUGAUGGAUUUGCUGAACUCUCGCUGGGAGGCACCAUCAAUCGCGAGUUGUUUGCAAACCAUCUCCUCAACUUGACGGCCAGUGAUGGAGAAAAGUUUGACUUCAUGCUCAUCAACGUGACAGUCUUGGAUAACAAUGACAAUACACCAAUUUUCAGCAACGUGUCAGCUACCGUCAACGUCUCUGAGAAUGUUGUAAACGCACUGGUCACCACGUUCACAGUCAAAGACGCCGACAGCGGUCGAAAUGGACAAGUCAUGGUCACAAUUCUUGAUCCACCAUUAGCUCCCUUUGAAGUGAUUACCAGUCCAACAGGAGUCACGGAGCUGAGAGUGGCGAGUGGAAGCGUCCUUAACAGAGAGACCAGGCCAGAGUGGUCGUUGACCAUUCGAGCCAAUGAUCUGAGUUUGACGAAUGCUCGCUCUUCAUCCACAGUGAUCAACGUCACUGUUAUUGACGUCAACGACAACGCACCGAUGUUCAGUGUCAACUUUGCUGCAUUGGACUUGGCUGAGGAUGCGCCCGUGGGGCCGGUACCUCUUUACACUGUACAGGCUUCUGACCAGGAUGUAGGCAGCAAUGCAGUGGUUGAGUACUAUCUAGGCCCGGGUGCAUCCUCGUCAAGGUUCUCUGUAGACCAGACAACCGGUGUGAUCACUCUAACUAGCAGUCUGGACUACGAGAAUGCCACGUGGCAUGCAGUGAUCGUCGAGGCCAGAAAUCCAGGCCCAUCGGCCAACCUGACAUGGCAGCAGUUCCGCUUGAAUGUGACCGUUUUGGACACCAACGACAACUCGCCACGCUUCCUUCAGCAACCUUCGUACGAAUUUGUGACGACGGAGAAUAGCGAAAGUGCGUUCGGCGUCGUUGAAGCUGUGGACGCGGAUUCGCACAACGUGAUAUCGUAUUCAAUUGACCCUACGAGCGGGACAGGCCAUCACCUGGUCAGAGUCAACACCACCGGAUAUCUGAGCGUGCGGCCUGGCUCUGUUCUGGAUAGGGAGACAACACCAAGCUUCACAUUCUAUGUAGUUGCUACAGACAGCGCUCCAUUGGCUCGCAGGACCAGUGUAUUGGUGAACGUGACACUAACAGAUGUCAACGAUAAUCCACCCACUUUCGUUGGUCAGCCUUAUGCUGUUGAGGUGAAUGAGAGUGACUCUGAUACAUUCCAGAACACCUCUAUUUUCACGGUGCUUGCUCAGGAUAGAGACGCCGGUGUGAAUGCAGAGGUUCGCUAUACAUUACUGACAUUCACGCACUUGUUUGAUGUGGAUCCAAGCACGGGCACUGUCAUGUCCAUUGCACAGCUAGACUAUGAUCCACCGGCGUUGAUGAGAAGUUUUAUGCUACAGAUUGUCGCCGAGGAUCAAGCACAGUCCGACAGCCUCAACUCCACAACAUCUCUUCUCGUCACUGUUGCUGAUGUCAACGACAACGCACCAAUAUUUCCACAGGCCAUGUAUGCUGCCAGUGUGAGCGAGAAUGCGCUAAAUGCUUCGGUGAUUCCAAUGCCAGCUAGUGAUAUUGACAGCAGCUCCAACGGUCGUUUGCACUACACUGUCGUAAGCAACGAUGGUUUCAGCAAUAGCUUCCGCAUGCCGGACACCGGGGAAUUGUUUACGGCGAUGGCUCUGGACCGCGAGGAGAAGGAGGUACAUGUACUGAGCGUGACUGCAUAUGACCGCGGUGUUCCACAGCGCUCGGCACAGGUCACCGUCAUAAUCACCGUGAUCGAUGUCAACGAUGGCGUGCCGUACUUUGUCUCCACGCCGUUCAACUUCUUCGUCCCAGAGAACACGCCUCCAGGCACGGAGGUUGCCGUGCUGCAGGCUAUUGACAACGACACGGCCAUAUUCAGUGACCUGUCUUACUCCAUUGCAGGCGGUGCUGGCGUGUUUGCCAUUGAUAGCGUGAGUGGAAACCUCACCGUGCUACAAACGGUUGACUAUGAAGGAGUUGGUGCAAAACUCUCCUACACACUUGCUCUCAACGCUACUGACGGCCAAAAUGUUGGCUCAGAGACAAUCUUUAUUCAAAUCUCAGACGAGGACGACUUCUCGCCGGAAAUACUAAACCUCCCAGCUACAAUCAACAUAUCUGAGACGGUGUCUGUUCCUUUCUUUUCCGUCCGUGGUCGAGAUCUCGAUGGCACCGCACAGUUCAACACGUUCAACUUCUCACUCGUGAACAACUCGGUGGAGUUUCCGGAUGCGUUCCGCGUGCUACCCAAUGGAGAUGUGGAGCGGGCUCUGCCCGUUUCAGCCAGUCGUGAUCCACUCACCACCAUCGGUGUACAGGCAUGCGGCGGCUCCGGCCUGUGCAGCGACAUCGAGCAGCUGACCAUCCGCAUCAACCGCGGGCCGGCAGUUCAGAACCGCUACAUGUUUACAGUACAUGAGAACACGGAGCAGUUCUUCCCGGUCGGCACGGUGACCGCCACGGAUCCGAACUGCGGCAGUCAGAGUGUGCAGGGAUGCCUGCUCUUCCAGAUCACCGACGGCAACCAGGGCGGCCACUUUGAAAUCGACAACUUAGGACAGAUCACCACCACGAGCACACGGAUAAACCGCGAGCAGACGAACAUGAUUAACUUGACGGUGUCGGUGAGUGACACCGGCGUAGGCGCAAGCACAGUGUUCACCACCGUGCUUAUCGGAAUUCUGGACCGCAACGACGUACAGCCAUGCUUUGCGCAGAGCCUCUACAUGCUCAGCGCGGUGGAGAAUGUCGAUAAUCUACUUGUGGCUCUUCUGCAGACGAUGGACACCGACCUGGGUAAUAAUUCUCUGAUUUCCGCUGAGUUGCUGGGCACUCGAUCAGAUCAUUUCUACUCCGAGCACUACGCCAAUGGCAGUGUGGCCAUCUUCACCAACCACUCACUAGAUCGGGAGAUGUAUACCGAGUACAACAUCAUUGUGCGAGCUACGGACAUGGGCACCGUUCCUCUCAACUGCACUGCAUCGCUCACCAUUUCCGUCGAGGAUGUCAACGACAACUGUCCACAGUUCUCCAUCGGCAAUAAUUCUGCACCAGUUGUGAACGAAUUCGCCCCGCUCGGAUUCGAGGCGCUGAAGUUCACUGUUUCAGAUGCUGAUGCCGGUACCAAUGCCGCCUUGACAGUUGUGACAGUAGCAGACGCUCUCACUGCGUCGGCGUUCCGCCUCAACCUGAAUCAAGAUGCACUCCUUGUUAAUCGGAAGCUGGAUCCCGAAUCAGCGUUGAAUUUGCCACGCCAGUACAGUCUAGUGCUGAGAGCCACCGACGGCAGCACAACCAAUCCAUGCAGCACGCUGCAUUACGUCACCAUCUCUGUGAGUGAUGAGAAUGACAACUGUCCAAUGGCAGCCAAUACAACAUCAACAUUGGUGAUCGAGGAAGACGCGAGUAUCCAGGAUGUUGUGACCGUGUACUUUACUGAUCCAGACUUUGGGCCUAACGGCUUGUUGAAUUACAGCCUGAACCCGCUCAGUGAAGGCUAUGCUCAGUUCCGAAUCAACUCAACAACUGCAGCCAUAACCAGUGUGGGGAAAUUUGACCGCGAAACCAAAUCAACAUACACGCUCUUGGUGGACGCAACGGACAAUCCUGUCAACUUCAGUCUGCACUGCCGUGGACAUGCAUUUGUCACCGUGCUUAUACAAGAUGUCAAUGACAACAAUCCAGCUUUCGAUCGAGACAACUACACAUUCUCAGUAGAGGAGAACGCAGCUGAUUUGACCUUUGUGGGAAGCGUGUCUGCAAGUGACAGGGACAUUAACGAGAACGCUGACCUAGAUUUCAACAUCACCUCCACCGAUGGCACCCCGGUCUUUUUCACAAUCUCAAAGUCGGGUGAGAUACGCGUGGGGCGUAGUGGCUUGGAUCGGGAAGCAUAUCCAUUCGGGUUGAACUACACACUCUUGGUGAUUGACAACGGUACACCAAAACGCCAAGGUGCAGCUCAUCUUACAGUCUUCCUCACCGAUAUCAACGACAACAUCCCCGAGUUGUUUGGUCAAAUUCGCUUUUCUUUCCUGGAGACUGCCGAUGUUGGUACCACAUUGUUUGUACUGAACGCAACAGACAAAGACAUCGGCAUCAAUGCAGAGGUCAGAUACGUUCUCAGAAGAUAUGAUGUAGUUAACGCUGGGCCAGACCCAGGACAGCUGUUUGCCGUGGACGGUGAGACGGGUCGGGUUACGCUCAACAACACUGUUGACUUUGAAAGCAGAAUACUCAACUCCAUCUCCUACGAGAUUCAGUUCCAGGUCCACGAUAAAGGCUCUCCAGCACUCUUCUCUCAGAGUCCGUACAUUGUCAACGUUUUGAAUGACAAUGACAACCCGCCUGUCUUUGCUUCACCUCUCAUUGACAUCAAUUUGAGAGAGGAUGCUCCAAACGGCACUUUCCUGGCAAAGUUCAACACCACUGAUGCCGACAUGCGGAGCGACGAUGUAGUUAUUUACCGCUUUGUGUCAGCUGUUGGAAAUGCAGGAGGUGCGGAUAAUGGGUACUCAGGGUUUCAUUUCCCAAGCGCUACUAUUGGAGAAUUGGUGUUGGGUGGACUUUCAACUGGCCAAGAUUUGGACUAUGAAAAGUCAACUGUGGUGACAGUCACUGUUUCAGCCAAUGAUGGAAGGAACACUGCAUUUGCUACACUGGUCCUUAACUUGAUAGAUGCAAACGACAACGCCCCGCAUCAAGAACGCUCUAUAGGAAUCUAUGAGAUUUACGAGAACGUGCCAAUAGGAACCAUUGUGAACCCGGCAGCGCCGUGGAUAGUCACCGAUGCUGACCGCACCGCACCCAAUAACGAGUUUGAUCUGAGUCUGGUUGAGUUGCAAGCUGAUUUCUUCAACAUCACUAAUGAUGGCUACAUCAGCACAGCAGUGGUACUGGAUUCCGAGUUCCUGCUCCCAAAUCGGUUCAAGGUGCGUGCCGAAGAUCGCGGAACACCAAGUCUGGUGACUAUUACUCUUCGAUCAAUCUACGUGUAUGCGUAUGACCGCAAUGACAACCCGCCGAUCUUUGAUAUGCCAGACUAUACCGUGCGGGUGUUGGAGAACGCCAGCGUUGGCACUCUACUUCUCCAGUUCCAUGCCACCGAUGCUGACACCGCGCUGAAUAACAUUGUGUUCACUGAUAACGAGACCACAUUCCACACAAACACGACAGCAGGGCCAGACCAUGGCCUAGCCAACGGCUACGUGUGGCUGGCCUCUGGCCUGGAUAGAGAGACGCGCGAUGUCUAUCGGUUCAACAUCACAGCGGUGAACGGGCCGGUGAACGCCAUCCCCCGUUAUGCCAAUGCUGACGUUCUCUAUACGAAUGCCCUGCUCACGGUCCAGGUAGGUGAUAUUGAUGACAACCGACCGUCAUUCCUGCGCACUACGCCCAGCACAGUUACCUACACGGAGCAGGCUGGAGCGGUAAGCCUGGCUAAUGAGAGUGUCUUACAAGAUCCCGAUAUCCUCUCCGAGUACCCAGUGAGCCAGCUAAGAGUGGUGUUGCAGACAGCAGGCCAGAUGUCGUACCCGGCGUACGGCUUUCACUGCUCUCAGGAAUUGUUCAGCGGAGCAGGACCGGCGGUCACCAUGCCGUACACAAACUCGUUUGACAUCUGCAACGUUGCCGAUUCCACAGCACUGCUGCCGCUAUCCAGCGUCUGUGGUCAGCGCUCCGUAGCGCACACGUUUGACCUGUACUUGAUACAGGACGGUGUUGUUCCUACGUUUGCGCCACAAACAGACGAGAGACUAGAGAUGCAGGGCGAUUCUCUGCUUGCGGUUGCCUUCAAGACGGCAACCAACGGCACACUUCUGUCUCGCUACACCGGUGAGGACAAUGACCUAUCCCUUCAAGUGAGUGUAACCAGUACUGGAGACCUGGCUGUGACCGUAGGUUAUGACAACUACACAGAUACAGACUUAGUCUACUCGGGACCGACUAUCAUGGACGACCGCUGGCACCAUCUGAUGAUGUACAUCCGCCAGGUCAAUUCCUUCUCGCUCUCCGUGUACAUUGAUGGCACAGAGGUGUUUAGUGAUGCGUCUCCAGGAGCUGCAGCACCUCUGCUUGGCAUGGUCAAAGACAACGCAACAACACUGCUAGUCUUUGGUGGCGAGUACAACUGCUCAGAUGCAACCGAUAACGCCGAAAUCGCAGAGGCGUUCCUCUCAAACAGGGUUGCAGACGCCGCCGCUGCUGCAGCUCCAUGCUGCACGGCAAGCUGUGGCAAUAUGUUGUCCUAUGACCGUAGCCUGUCCGACGUGUCUGUAUUAGAGAACUGUGCCGAGCGCAGUCUCCUGUUCCAGGCACUGCCGGGUCUCAGUGACGCUAACUCCGUCAACUACUUCAAUAGUGUGCUGGGCAGUGUUAGCUACAACAGUGUUGCUACCGAGGUGCUUGAAGUAACUCAGACAGUCAAGAUCUCGGCCAGCGAUACCGUGGGUUUCGGCGAUGAGCAUGUCCUGGUACUGACUAGUGCGGCUGUGAAUGACUGGGCUCCAGAGAUUUACCUGACCGACUCGGCUACCCGUGAUAGAACUGUGUCGUUCACUGAAGACAUUCUCGUGCCAGUGGGCCUGGUGAGCCAGACAGGCUCGUCGAUAAUAGACCGCGACACCGUGGUCAGUGCAGUCAGCUACAUCAACGUGACCAUCAGCAACCCUGGCACCUACGCCAACAAUCUCGAGAGGCUGGUCAUUGAUCCAGCCCAAGUGCCCGCAUCUCUGAUUGCCACUAUGGAUGCAAGCAUGAAGUCAGUGAAAUUCACUUCCCAGAGCGGCACCACAGCCAGCUACAGUGACUUCCUGGCGGCCAUUCGACUUGUGCGCUAUCUCAACGAAGAAGACGAGCCUAACUUUGCCCGUCGCACCAUUACGUUUGAGAUCAGUGAUGGUGUCCAUGUGAACUCUCCACAAGCAUCGGCCUUUGUCAAUGUGAUCGAGGUGAACGAUGCACCAGUCUUCAACUACAACGCCGCCAUCAUCGGUCCCAACUACAAUCUACAAUUCCGUGAAGGUGACGUGUCGGUGCAAGUUGUCCCGGCCAACGCCACACUAACGGACAGCGACAACACAACGCUGGUCGAGGCCAGAGUGGUGCUGACCAGUGCAGAUGCACGCGACAUGCUGAUUCUCGGCGCUGCUCCGUCUGCCAUCAUCAGCAACGAUGGCUUUGAGUCGCUGGGAGUGGGUCUUGGCGGAGCGAUCAUAUUCCAAGGUGAGGCACCACUGGCAGAUUACCUGGCCGAGCUGAAGAAAGUUCGCUAUAGUAACACGGACAGAAAUCCACCGUCAAUUCCAAGGGAGAUAACACUUCAAGUGGAAGAUGGCAUUGAUAGAAGUGUGCCUGAGAUAGUUACGGUCAAUUUGGAUGCUGUCAACAAUGUUCCACUUGUCGACCUGAAUGGUGCGGGCACGGUUGGUUUCGACUACUUGACCACGUUCACCGAAGAAGGUCCAUGUGUUCCAUUGGUGGACAACUCAUCGGUGAUUACUGACCCGGACAGCGCCACCUUGGAAGAGCUUCUUUUCGAUCUGCCCAUCCGCUCAGAUGGCUUUGGGGAAAGCGUCCACCUUGACCCUGGCUUUGUCCUCCCCGCCGGCUUGUCCGUGGCGUUCACGCGGAACGACAGCUCCGCCAUGACCAUGCGUGUGUUUGGCACUGCCACGCUGGGUAACUACACGCUGGUCCUGCGCAGUGUGGUGUACUGCAACAGCCGAGAUGAACCCAACCCAGCCACUCGAUCAAUCUCGGUGCUGACGCGCGACUCCAUGAACGCGAACAGCAGCGCACGAACGGCAAGCGUGGCUAUUCAGUUGACGAACGACGCACCCGUUCUACAGGUCACCGGUAUGCCAGUGUUCAUUGAUAGCAGUGGCUCUGAACGACUCUUCUCAACGGCUAUCAUCAUUGACCCGGAUAGCGAUAGCAUGACGUCCAUUGAAAUACGCCUUCAGACACUACGCCAGUCUGGAGAAUUCUUCUCCAGCACAAUCGCCACUCUCAACUCCUCCAUCCAAGAGCAGAUCGUCACACCAGAACGUUACAGGCUGAACUUCGGUCUCCCAGUCGUUGCCACACAAGACUUGAUUCUGGAUCUAGACUACACAAACCUCAACGAUGAGCCAACACCAGAGGACCGAGUGAUUUGCAUCACAGUAUCUGACCUGACGUUGUCCAGCACGGAGGUUUGCAUCACGCUCGGCAUACAGUUUGUCAAUGACCACAGUCCUACUAUUGUUGCCGUGGUGCCAGAUCAUCAGCUCAUCCCGGAAACCACCACUGCAGGAGAGCUUAUGAGUAGCUUAGCGGCCACGGAUGGUGACUACGGCAGUGAUGGAAUGCUGACAUACAGCAUACAAUCUGUGCAGUCCCAGGACACCAGCACGGGAAGCUAUGUGGACACAACAGCAGCAUUGCUCUUCAGCAUCGCCGAUGCAGUGGACGGCAACGCAUCGGUGAGGCUAGCACAAGCGCUGGAUAUGGAGCAGUACGUGCGACAUAACAUCACGGUCCUGGUCAGCGACGGUGCCAGCCCCCCUAGAACUGCUGAUACAUUGGUGGUCGUCAGUCUGAGCGACGUCAACGACCACGAGCCACAGUUCACGCAGGCCGUGUACACUGUGAGUGUGCCGGAAACACUUGGAGUUGAUGACCCGGUUCUGUCAGUGAGUGCUACCGAUGCUGAUGCUACUGUAGAGAAUAGAGUGUCAUCGUACGCACUGCUCAAUGCUACAGAUCUAUUCAAGAUCUCGGACACCGGAGAGAUUUCCCUGAGGGCAUUGAUUGAUCGCACACUGCAAGCCCAGCAUACUCUAGCUGUUCAAGUCCAGGAUGGUCAAGUUGGUAAGCCACUCAGAUUCAAUAGCACUGCCAUUGCUGUGGUGAAUAUCCUGGAGCCGUCUUCACCGCUCUUCACCAACACCACCACGAGUGUUUGGAUUGAAGGAACAAGAUCACAGACCUUGUCGCCGUCAGUGACCAUCGGCGGUCGCUCUCGACUCACCACAGUCACCAGUGCGACUGUGCAUCUUCCUGUUACAACUUCAAGCAGCUGUCCAAGUUUGAACAUCUGUCAGCUGGAUCGCUUACGCAGUUGCGAGGUGCAAACGUCGGCAGACACCGGCUCACAGCUAUACCACCUGAUGGAGACGGCAAGAAACAUGAACCGGUGGACUAACCGCGAAUUACCGCCAACUGACGCUGCAUGCCAGCAGACUGGAGCGCAGCUGACACAAAACAGCUACACCGGUGGCGCGUAUGCCACUCUGCCCAACAAUGCCUUGCCAGACCUCUCCCAGGGUAACUUCACCAUUGCCAGCCGCUUCAGACUUCUGCCAGGCACUGGACAGGCAGAAAACCUGUUAGCUGUGACUGUGACCAACAAGAGGCGCUACCUUGCUGUCUACUUUGAGAACAGAGACAGCGCAAGGCAGUUCGUCUUCUACAACUACGACCCAGUAGCUGCAUCUUUUGUCACAACCAAAUUCAACAAUGUCAAUGUGUUUGAUGGACAGUUCCAUCAUCUGACGUUGCUGGUUAGUAACGAUGCCCAGUUUGGCAAUGGCAAGCUCUGGCUGUACAUCGACUGCCAGUUUCACAGCGAGGCACUCCUAGCCAAGAAGAUUGUGUGGGAUACGGGUGCCAACGUGCACAUCGGCAAGCGUGACUAUCCCAGUGCGACGCGGACAACAUUCAACUAUGACGGAGUUGUGGAUGACAUCACAGUGCAUACUAAGCUAUGGUCGCAAGAGGAAAUCAACUGCGUGUGCAGUGAUAAUAGUGUUGCGGACACUUGCGGUGAAACUCUCGAACGUCCCCAGAACACGGAAGGAUUGACUGCAACACUGUCCGACUUCGGAAAGUCUGUGAGCUUUGCGGGAACAUCGACAUUUGACACGUACGAGCGUGUGCUGAGGUCUGUGGCCUAUCGCUAUAUUGCCCCAAUUUCCCAGGACGUGACUCGUUCGGCCACUUUUGGAGUUACCGUAAGCGACAACGGUUUCUUUACCGGUGCAACCACCACCAGUAUUGCUAUCCAGGACACUAACACCAACCUGAACCCAACCAUUCUCCUCGACGGCACAUCAAGCACUAUCAACUAUCUCUACGACGAGGCCCUGCACACAGAUGCCCCGAUUGCCAGUGGUGUUGUGUUGGAUGACUUGGACAACUCCCACUUCUCCUCAGCCCGUGUGUACUUGUCCUCACACGCAGCUGGUGAAACUCUCAGGAUAGAUGCAGGUGCUACAACUGGUAUCGUAGCCACAUCCUCAACAGACAACACUAGCAUAGAUCUGAGUUCGGCAGCAGGUGGCCAGCCACUGCAAAACUUCCAAGCAAUCCUGCGCACUGUCCUAUAUAAGAUAGACGACAACACCCCGUCAGCUUCACUCUCCAUGCUGACGUACGUCCACUUCGAAGUGACCGAUAUCGGUAAAUCUGGUGUCGCUGCCACGAGCGCUUCGGCUGUGGUGACCAUCACUAUACAGCCAGCCGGAAAUAGAGCAGCACCCGCUAUCGGUGGACUAGCGUCACCUCUAACAGUAUCACCCCUGUCAACUCCUAUUGCUGGUCAGGCGGUCGUCAGUGACAUCGACGUAAGCAAGGAAGCGCGCAGUAUCCUAGUGCAGCUCGGCACGCGUCCCGCUCCCGUUGUCUCUUCCAUCACUGGCCAGUCUUGCGAACGCUAUGCUCCUCUGCUAACACGCACAUUAGAGUGCGCUGCACAGCCCAGCGUGUACAAUCUAUUCAACCCUGAACCAACAUCACCGGCACUCAACUCCCCAGUCACCGUCGACACAUCACGUCAUGACGGCAAUGUGGGCGUCUUUGACGGUAUCAACUUCCACUUGAUCGUUCCGACCGCCAACCACGACUUAACGUCGGCCGACAUCACAGCCUUCACCGUGUCAGCGUGGUACAAUCAAGCUGCCGGAAACGAGGGCUACAUCUUGGCGCUGACCACCGAUACCACUGAGCGUGUCAUUGUGCUGUACGUGAGAGGCGACUUGAACAUCGUCUGGGUGCAGGCCGGCCUGGGAACAAACAACAUUGUCUUCGAUAACAUUGCUGGCCUGGGCACUGGCGUAUGGCAGCACAUACUGGCCACAUCUGACGGCCAGCAAGUGACACUGUAUGUAGACGGCGUACUCCAGGGAGCAAAACCAGUUACAGCCGCCGCUGGACAAACGCCCUCUUUCAUUGUCCCGGCCAACUACCGACUGUACCUUGGCGCACGUCCAAACCAGUUCAACCCGGAGCAGAGCGUGUUCAAGUUUAGUGGCCAGAUUGCAGGCCUGCACUUGUGGCUGAGCACGGCGCCAGCUUCUGUUGGUGCGUGUAUCAAGCAGUGCCGUCCCAGCCUGCAGGCCGUCGCCAGUGACGGUAUAUCUUUGAACUACGAUGAGUCAUCACUGAGCCUGCGCAUGAGCGGCCUGAACACUACGCUCUUCACCAGCUAUCAGACCGCGCUUCGAACACUCCAGUACACCAAUGAACUUCCGGUCAGCGGUACCAGAUCUCUGACCUAUACGAUAACAGAUGAGGUGGGGCUGUCAUCGAGCACAACGCAGGAUCUCACCACAGUCUAACCUCUAAACUCCAGCAGUAACUUGCUAUCAGCGCCACCUCGGCCACGCCAUGGUCGCCCGUGUAACAAUAUUCAUUGCGCUGUCUGAGCUUCAGUAGAACUAUAUUAUAAGUAUCUUCUCGUUGAUCUCUGUGUAUGCCUGCUAACAUAAAGCCAAGCCGAUGUACCCAAGGCGACACUGAACUGGCUUCUAAAGAGCACAGUUGUGUUCUUGCCGCUGCAUGCUAUGACGUUCUGCUACCCCGCGUAGAUAACACAUGUGUACAGAUAUGCUCAAACUAUACUUGUUUUCUUUACGGAUACGUUCCCGAUGUUGUGGUCACGUUGAGGCCAGUGUUGCGUGUACACGUACAUGUAUCUGGAGAUGUGCAUGCAUGAUGUCCGAGCUAAGCAAACCACUAUAAGUCUACUUUCUCAACCUUCACACAUGUCCGUUCAGUAGAGGUUUUUAUCAUUUUUGUUUUGAACUAACUAAUUAAGUCUGA